ACACAAGUGGAAAAAAAAAAAAGGAGAAGCCUCGAAAGUGCUCUCAACGCAUCCUCCUUUUGGGCAUCAGUCGAAAAGACCCUAAAUUCCUCCUUUAAGUUUACUAAUAUAUUUUUGAAAUUUUUCUCAAUAAAUAUGUAUAAGGAUACACAUAAACGUUGCUAUAUGCAUGCUUGCAUAUCUUUUUUUUCGUUUCAAACCUACUUAACGGCAAGAUUGCCGACUUAAGCGUGGCAAAAAAGAAGAAAAAACCCGUGGCAGGUUAUUCUGUUCCGCUGUACCUGAGCGCGUGUGUGCCCCUCCUCCCCAGUUUCGAUCAUGCUAACGGUGUUUCCUUUUCUGGGAGUCCCCCCUUGUGCAUUUUUUCCACUAAAAUGAUAGACACCAUUCUGAGGAUGUUUCUGGGGAAGUACUUUGAACCAUGCGACAAGAAUUUCCUAACCAUGAACAUGAAUGCAGGAAUUGAAAUUAGAAACAUCAUAAUAAAGAACGACGAAAUUAAUCACUUUUUAAAGGUGAUCCCAUUUUGACCGCCACGUUUGAUGGCACCUCUUUCAGCCCCUUCAUGGGGUGGUUCCACCGCUGGUGAAAGUACCUUCAAAAAGAUGUCUCCCAUCUUGUGAGGACCCCUUCUCGGGAGAUUAUCCCUUUUUUAUUAUUUCCCCUUCCCCACACCCAAGACUCAAACUGCAGGGCGUGGACUUAAGACUCAAGCCACACAUACAUAGGAACGCCUCCAAGGGAAUUAAAAACAAGUUGAUGAAUCUGCUAAGACGUAAUGAAGGGGCACACAAAACCCUCUGCUGCUGCUGCGAAAGCUACCAAGAUGUGCAGGACAGCCUCUGCUGCUACAACAACGUCAGCAAAGUUAAAACUUAUAUAUGUAAGGAUUGCUCUGUUUUGAAGGACCAAAAUGAUGAGGCACAUUUGGCAUUUCUUAAGAAGCAAGUCACUUUGGAGAAAGCACACCGGCAUGCUUUCGGCGAAGCAAGCAGAAGCGUCGUGAUCACGGGCAGCGGUGCCCCCACUGCUGCUAAUUCCGUUGUGGGGCCGGAUGUAAAGGCCAAAAGAUGUAGAACCAUUCACCUGAACAGUGCAGAACGGAUUAGGCACUACGAUGAUAUGGGGCAACGUCCAUACAAAAGUGCCAUGGGGAGAACCCACACGAGGGGUAAUAUGCAAGCCGAACCGGCGGACUAUCUCUUUGUUAAAGAACUCGUGGAGAAUCAACCUCCCAGGGGUCAUUUCCCCCAUUGGGGAAAUCCAAAUCAUAUCAGCAAAAGCGGCGUGGCAUACAACACAAGUGCAGCAUGCGCACUUAAGAGAGUGAAUACCCCCCUUCAAUAUUGUUCUGCUCAAAUGGGAAAAAAUGAGCACGUCCACGUGAGUGCUUCAAAUGGGACGCAACAUAUUCGCAGUGCUUGUAAGAGCAAUUUGAGGGGUGACCAUUCGGAUGGUAGGCAGCUGCGGCAGGGCGUGCACGUGAACAUAGACAUGUAUGCUGCUGGAGAACUGCUCAAUGGAGUGAAGAAUCAUCGGGACGAGCACCCUCCGCGUGGCAGCUGUGGCGACUUACGUAACGCCCAUUCAAAAUUAAAGGGGGGAAAAAUUCUGAACAAAUUUCACAUAUAUGACGACAUGGGGAGUGACAUUCACCAGAGAAGCGGCAUAUUAACUGAUCAUGCAGGGGUAGAUUCUCGGGAGGAGAACCCCCCCCACAGAAGUUACCAUAAUGGAGAUGUGCCGUGCAAAUGCCAUCCACUGAGUAACAAAUGCACGCAUUUGCUAUACUCAUACAACGGGACGAACAGCAACAAUUGUAGGCGGAUAAAAAUCGACCAUAUUUUUAACGCCAAUUUGUGA